UUCGAACGAAAGGAUUACCAAAGUGGUAUAACCGCAAUAUAAAUAAAAAAAGAGUUUUAAGCAAGACUACUGUACAGAAGAUAAAUCUUAAAUUUCCAACAAAAACUCUGUAAUCAAUUGAAAAGAAAAUAAGUCGAGUCACAAUGUUAUUUGGUUCUUGGCAGUUGAAAACAACUAUCUAUGUUCUAUUUUUGGCUUCGUGUGUAGGUCAGGAACUAUUUCGUGCUUGUGAUCGUGAUUAUUGUUUUGAACGUUCUGUCGAGAGCCGCAAAGAAGGUCUAAAUGUGGAUAAUCGUCGAGAAGAUCUAACUCUAAAUGAACUCCGUCAACGCCAGAGCAAAUGUGGUGUACGUCGUGAAACUUUAAGGCGAUUAGAUGACCGAGAUCUGAUCAGACACUCAAAUGAGAACCGCGAUCGUCCUCAGACUUUACGAAAAUUUAAUGAACACGAUGAAACUAAACGUGAACGAACAGAACGUUAUGAAAAUUUAAGUCGUUCUGAAAAUAACCGUGAAGAAACUCGUGAAAGCAAACAGAAUAAUAUGGAAAAUCGAAACAAAUUACGACGAUUGAACGAACUUGAAGCUCAAUAUGAUGCAAACAAACGGUCAGAAAACAACCGUGAAAAGCGUCUUGAACGUGAAGAUCAACGUGACCUCAACAGACGUUCAGUAGUUUCUCGCGAUUCCCAAAGGAAACAUGAACCAAGUCAACGUCGUGAUGAAAAUAAACGAGAACGUAUAGAACGCCAUGAUAUCUCAAGAAUUAGCAGACAUUCAGAGGACAAUCAUAAAGUACUUUAUGCUGAACGUGACAUUAGAAGCCGUGUUGAUGAACGUCAAGAUUCCCAAAGGCGACUUGAUGACCGUGAAUCUCAACGUGAUGUUAACAGCAAUUUAGGCGACACUCGUUUUUCAGAUGAACGUCUUUCCCAAAGAAAAUGGAAAUCAAUAGAACGUUUAGAUAAUAAUAAACGCGAAGAUACUCGACAGUCUCGGCGUAUACAUCAGCGUCUCUCCAAAAGGGAACGUGAGUUCACACAACGUCGUGAUGAAAAUAAACGGGAGCGUGAAGAACGUCAUGAACUUUUAAGACGACUAAAUGAUCGUGAAGCUCAACGAGAAAGUAAUAGGCUUUCAGAAGAAAACCAUGAACGAGUAGAUCGAGUUGAAUCUUUAAGACGAAUUGAUGACCGCAGACAAGUUCAGCUUGAUAUUAGCAGACGUACAGAAGAGAACCAUGGACAACGUCAAAUUGACAAUCGUGAAACCCAUCGUAAUGUUGAAAGACGAGCAGAUAAUACUUUUCAGUCUCGACGUAUAGAUGAACGUCUCUCCCAAAGGAAACGUGAGUUAACACAACGUCGUGAUGAUAAUAAACUGGAACGGAAAGAACGCCAUGAAAUAUCAAGACGGCUUAGUGAGCGUGAAAUCCAACGAGAGUUUAACAGACAUUUAGAAGACAACAAUGAGGAACGAAAAGCUCAGCGUGAUGCUAGAAGGCGUGCAGAUGAUACUCGUGAAUCUCUUAGAAUUGAUGAAGGACUCUCUGAAAGGGAACGUGAAGCAACACAACGUCGUGAUGAAAAUAAACGAGAACGUGAUGAACGUGUAGAACGACAUGAACGGCAAGAAACUAUAAGAUUUAAUGAUCGUCAAUUAGAACAAAAUAGCCGUGAAGUACAACGUGAUGUUAACCGACGUUCAGAUGAUAUUCACCAGUCUCGACGUAAAGAUAUUCAGAAACCUUCACAAAGAGAACGGGAAUCAAGCCAACGUCGUGAUGUAAAUAAAAGAGAACGAGUAGAACGUUACGAAACUUUGAGGCGACUUGAUGAGCGUGAAGAUGAACGUAGUACCACCAGACGUUUAGAAGACUCUCGUGAAUCUCGACGUAAUAGUAAGGUACAUGAACAGAGGGAACAAAGUGAUAUUAGCAGACAUAUUGAUAAUACCCAUGAUUCUCGAGAAGAACGGGAAGUAAGACAGAAUCGUCGCCAAAAUGAAAACGAAUCUUUGAAGCGUGAAUCACUACGACAAGAAAACAGACGUUUAGUAGAUAAUCGCAAGGAACGUCAAGAAGAUUUAAAACAAUUAGAUGUACGUGUUGAUAUUAGGCAUUCUGAUAGUACUCCUGAAUUUGAAGGCUUAAUUGAAACUAGACGUGAACGACAAGAACGUGGAGAAACUUUAAGACGAAUUGAUGAUCGUGAAGCUUAUCGUGACUUCCGCAGAAUAUCAGAAGACAAACGCGAAGACCGUCGAGAAUCUUUAAAACAAUUGGAUGAACAACGUACGGAUGAUAGAAGACCUGAAAGCAGUAGACGUUUGGAUGACAAACGCGAAGAUCAACGUGAUAUCAACAGAAUUUCGAAAGACAAUCGUGAAGAACGUCAUGAAACUUUAACACGAUUUGAUGAUCGUCAAACCGAACGAGCUGUAAGCAUGCGUUUAAAUGCUAUUCUUAAAUCUGAACGUGUCUCACAAAAGGAACGAGAAGAAAUAGAAACCCGCGAAACCUUAAACCGAUUUGAUGAUCGUCAAUCCGAGCGUGAAGUUACCAGACGUUCAAAAGACAUCAGCGAAGAUCGUCAAUUUAGACAAGAAGCUCAACGUGAAGUUAUUAGGCAUUCAGAGGAUGACACCCGUGAUUCUCCGCGCACUGAUAAACGUCUUUCUCUAAACGAACGAGAACGAGUUGAAAGUUAUGAAACUUUGAAACGAUUUGAUGACCAUGAAACUGAACGAAAAGUAAAUCUACGUUUACAGGAACGACUUUCCCAAAGAGAACGAGAAAUGGGACGUCAAAACGAAGAGCAAGAACAUAGAGGAGAACGUGUGUUACGGCAAGAACAAAAUUCUAGUGUUUUCCAAAUGGAAUUUGAAAAUAGACGAAACAAUGUUUUAGAACCUAAUACCGAGCGUACAUUUAUACUCAAACCAAAUAAUGAUAAUAACAAUCAACGUAAUUACCGCUAUAUCGAAGAUGACUAUGCUGUGAAACCAACUGUUUUCCUCAAAAAUAGCUACUUGUUCUUGGGUCAAGGUAUGAUCUUGGCAUUUGUAAUUAUGAAAACUCUUAAUGACAAAGAUAAUUUAAAAAACCAAUUACCCCAAAAACUACGUGCGGCUGUUGAUAUGAUAGGUUUUUAAGGAAAUGGAAUAUGUACAAUUGAAAUUCUACUCAACUUGGCAAUGGAACAAAUACUGUAUAUAAUAUAUUAGAGAAAUCAAAGACAAAAAAUGUGUACCUAAAAGCAAGAUUAUUUUAUUUAAAUAAAUAUAUUAUGAAAAACUUAUAAAUUUAAUCCCCAUACAAAUAAUUUUGUG